UAUGGCAGGACAUCUCGGACAGGAGAACGUUUCUCUUUCCCUUGACUUUGAAAAUGGCACAGCUGAAGGAAACGUAUUCCUGGAGGAUUCUGUAAAUGAAGAUAUCUUUCGUUUGAUGCAAAUCAUCUGUACAAUAUGUUACAGUUUAAGUUUUAUCCUCGGAAUUGUUGAUAAUGGACUGGUCAUCUGGAUUGCUGGGUUUAAAAUGAGUAAGAGGGUGAACAGCAUAUGGUUCCUCAACCUGGCUAUAGCUGAUUUUGUUUUUGAUAUCUUCUUUCCGUUCCUAAUUACAGAGACGGCAAUGGAAGGACGUUGGCCAUUUGGUCAGAUAAUGUGCAAGGUCAUUUUUACUGUUCUUCACCUAAAUAUGUAUGUCAGUACCUUCUUCUUAGUGAUCAUCAGUGUUGACCGCUGCAUCUCGGUCUGGUGCCCAGUUUGGUCAACAAAUCACCGAAGUUCAAGGUUAGCAACUAUUAUCUCAGCAAUAACCUGGAUGUUGUGUCUGGUUUUAAGUUCACCUUAUUUUGCUUUCUAUACUACAGAGCAUGACGAGAGUGAAAAUGUGAUGUACUGUGUUCCCAUUUACGCAUAUGAUUAUCACACUGAUAAAUGGAGAUAUAAAAUUCUGCUCAUUACUAGGUUUGUUGUUAUGUUCCUGGUUCCAUUUUCUAUCAUUCUUCUCUGUUAUGCACUCAUUAUAUUGAAAGUGAGAAGAAGGAGGCAAAUCAAAGGAUCAUCUAGGACCUUCAAUGUUAUUAUUACGAUUGUAAACUGCUUUUUCUUUUGUUGGUUCCCAUUCUAUUUUUUACCUCUUCUGGAAUUUAUGAAUGUGAAAAUGAGUGCCACUGGAGAAUUUGUGAUGCUGAACAUCGCAUGCUGCCUGGCGUUCUUUGAAACUUGCCUCAAUCCCGUGAUCUAUGCCUUUAUUGGCCACGACUUCAAAAAGAGUUUCAUGAAGUCAAUACCAUUUUCCCUUGAAAACUUUUUCAAAGAGAGAUGCACCAACAAUGACGAACAUCAGUCUGAUAACAUAAUGAAUCUGAAUAGCAAACUUACCACUGUGGAAUCAUUCUAGAAGUCACUGACUUUGCUUCCAUUUUUGUGGGAUGGUUGCUUUGUAGACUUCAAUGUAAUACGUGUGUUCUUUAAAUGAAUAAAAA